AUGAGCGCCGCGGGUGGCAGAGGGGCGCGGGCCAGGCGGGGGACGCGUCCCGCAGCUCCGCGGGGCCGGGGCGCGGAGAAGGGCGCAGCCCGGAGCCCCUCGCGGGGCCGCGUCGCGGAUGAAAGCCCGAGCAGUACCCUGCGGGCACCGCGGACGGACGGACCCCCCGCCCGGGGCGGCCGCCCGGCGCGGCGAGCCCCCGCCGCCCGGGAGCCGCCAGCGGAAGGGGCGGCGGGCGGCGCAGAGGCGCUCCCCGCCCCGCGGAGCAAGGCUCCGGCCGCCAGAGCCCCCGCAACCCCGCGGAGCGUCGCGGCGGUGCCCGACGGGGAGGUCGCUGCCCCCGCCCGUCGUCCCCCGCCGGUGGCGGACGCCUUGCGGCUCCGGGAGGUGCUGUCGCGGCUCAGUCUGGCCCGCGAAGAAGUGUCCGAGGCGUCGACGCUGGUGAACAGGGUGGUCUUGCACCUGGUCCAGGCCAUCCGCGGCAAGGACAGCUGCUUCGGCUCCAUCGAGCGGCAGAGCGCCGGCAGCUAUUACGAGCGCGUCAAGAUAACUGAACCAAAUGAGUUUGACAUAAUGCUUGUAAUGCCUGUUGCAAGGAUUCAGCUGGAUGAGUCUGAUGAUACUGGAGCCUAUUAUUAUGUAUCAUUCAAAAGAAAUCCAAAAGAAAAGGGUUGGUCAAAGUUUUUAGAGGAAGAUGGAAAAUUAUCAGCUUUUAAAAUGCUUCAAGCACUAAGAGACAUUAUUAAACAGGAAGUAAAAAACAUUAAAGAUGUGGAAGUCACUGUGGCAAGGAAAAAGGCUGGAAGCCCUGCAAUAACUCUUCAGAUCAAAAAUCCUCCAUCAGAAAUAUCAGUGGACAUCAUCUUGACUUUGGAGGUUCAGCAGAGCUGGCCUCUCAGCACACAGGGCGGCCUCAAAGUUGAACAGUGGCUGGGAACAAAAGCCAGGAGGGAUUUCAGAUUUAGAUCACUUUAUUUAGUAGCCAAGCAAAACAAAAGAGAAAAAGUUCUAAGAGGGAACACCUGGCGACUCUCCUUCUCGCAUAUUGAAAAGGACAUGAUAAACAAUCACGGCAACUCAAAGACAUGUUGUGAGUCCGAUGGACCAAGAUGCUGCAGAAAAGGUUGCCUUAAGCUGCUGAAGUAUCUUCUAGAGCAACUUAAAAUGAAAUAUCCAAAAGAAUUAGAAAAAUUCUGUUCAUAUCACGUGAAAACUGCUUUUCUCCACUCCUGCGUCACGUGGCCAAAUGACUCAGACUGGCACUUGGGAGACCUGGAUCAUUGCUUUCAGCAAUGUCUGGGAUUUUUUGUGGAUUGUCUGCAAAAGUCUCAGCUGACUCACUUUUUUAUUCCCCAAUACAACUUGUUCAGCCUAGAAGAUAAGGCAAGACAUCAUUUCCUUUCAAGAAAAAUAAGCCAUGAAUUGAACAAUGGAUUCCCAGUAUUUCAUGAGAAUUAUUAAGAACAUUGCUCACAAUAGAUACCUAAUCAUGUUGACUUGCCUAUUUAAAACAAAAUAGUCUGCACCACUCUUCUCUUCAGUUGUCUGGUACUACAAAAACCAAAAAAACCAAACCAAAAUAAAAUCAAGAACACAAAGAGAAAAAAUACAUACUUCAGUUACAGUGCCUUGCCAUAACCCUUAAAAUAAAUGUUUUAAGUAAUAUUUACCUUGCCUACCCAAAUGCAGAUGUCACCUGCAAAAUAUCUUCAAGAUAUACUAAGAACAUAAAGAAGAAUUUGCAACAGUUCAUUUCACACAUGUAAAUUCUAUGUUUUCAAGUACAAAGGCAUCAAUGACUGCAUAAAGGGAAAAAUGACAAUUUUAUUUAAAAUUAAGCUCCACUGCAGAAUAUCCAAAAUACACUCCUGCUUUCAAAAGUCACUGGAGUUACUUUGACAUUACAUUUGAGUAACCAGAACAACUUCCCCAGAUCACCUGUGUGGAUGAAGAUCUUUUGCAGAGGACAAUCACCAGCAACAGCAGAGAGAGAAUAUUUUAUCUGAGUAAUAUGAAGUUCCUGAAUAACUCACCCUUUCUGCGUCUUCAGAAUUACUUUAGAAAUCAGUCUUUUCACUGGGCUUUGGAUGAGAAACAAUCAUUAUCUAAAAUGAUGCAACAGAGUAGAUGGUUUUGUGCCAAUGAGCAUUUAUUUGUAUGAUGACUCAUGUAGAAAGAAAUGCAUCUUUCAACCUGUAUCAAAGAGGAGGACUCUUGAUAUAAAAGGUUAUCAAAACCAAAAUGCAGCAUGAACUGGACACUCCUGAAAUUGAAUUCAUAUCCAUUUUUCUCAUAUUUAAGAAAUGUGUGUUAGGAAAAAAAAGUAUUUAAUAUUUCCUAUUACUAAAAUUGUGCAGGUGAGAAGUACACAGCAUUUGAGAACUGCUGUGCUGCAAAUAAAUGUCUUUUGCUUCUACUUAUAGAAGCCAUGAGAAGUCCAUGUUUUUAGCCUAAUUUUGAAGGCAAAAUAACCUACAGGCUUGAAUAAUGCCCAGAUUUACCUAAAUUAUGAGCAAAUUUAGAGGGAAGAAUAUUCACAGAGUAAUUUUACUAAAAGAUUUUAAUUUUACUGAAUUUUGUUUAUUUUUAUUUAAUCAUAUGACAGAUAAAUGGGAGUUCAGACCAAGCAUCAAAUGAAGGAGUAACUCAUUCCCAUAUAAAUUUGAAAGAGUAGAAAAUAUGCCCCAUUAUUACUGGGCAUCUGUGUGACAGAA